AUGAUUUCAACUUAUUCACGUAUUGGUUUAACCACUUUAACUAAAUCAUCAUCAUCAUCAUCAUUAACUACUACUGUUAGACCAUUAUUAUUGGCCAAUUUUACUAGAGGAAUUAAAACUAUUCCUCAACCACCAGGUUAUAUUGUUGGUACAGUUAAUGAUGCUUAUGUACCACCACCACCACAUAAAUUAGAAGGUUCAUUACAUUGGACUAGUGAAAGGAUUGUUGCUAUUGGUAUGUUACCAUUAGUUUUAGCACCAUUUAUUACUGGUGGUGGUGCUUCGACUUUAAUUGAUUCCACCAUGUCAGCAUUAUUAUUAUUUCAUUGUCAUACUGGUUUCCAAAGUUGUAUUAUAGAUUAUAUUCCUAAAAGAGUUUAUGGAUCUUAUCAUAAUUAUGCCAUGUAUUUAUUGACUUUUGGUACUGGUAUUGCUGGUUAUGGUAUUUAUCAAAUUGAAACUAAAGAAGGUGGUGUUUCCAAUAUUAUUUCAAAACUUUGGAAAGCUUAA